AUGCUCACAAUUGUUGAAAACGAACUUUUACACAAUUUAGAAACAUAUUAUUUUCUCGAUGGUAUUUCACAUAUUCCAGUAGAAAUAACUACAGAAAUGAUGAAUCAGGAAUAUACUGUAAUAGAAUUAUCGCAACCAUUAUUGAUCGAAUAUUAUCAAUAUAUUGCAAAAAAUCUUAUUAGUAAAAUAGAAAAGCUUGAACCUAAUCAUGAAUAUACUAUUCCAACUGGCUGGAUGACACAUGCUGUUUGUGUUUCAUUCCGACGUAUUGACGAUACUCACAAAAUUUCUAUCCGAAUUGACAAUCCUAGCUCUGGUAAUCCACCAGGGGCUCACAGAAUCUAUCCUACCGCAGAUAGAUACAACCUAAUUGAACCAAGAAUACUUGGUCAACUGAAUAUGAACGAUUUAGAAAACAAUUCAAAUCAUUUUAUUUCAUUAGUUGAUAGUGUUAAACGAGAUUUAACACCAAAAAAAGGAAUCUCAUUGAUCUAUAAUCUUAAUGGACAAAUUCAAAAUCUCAAAAAAAAACGAAUUACAAAUGUACCCAGUAUUGCUGAACAAGCAGCCGCUAAUUGUUUUGUCAAAUGUUUUGAACCCGGUUUUCGGAUACGUCUAGGUCCAACACAUCAGAAACUUUGUGAACAAUUACUAUCAUUCGAAAAAGACAAUGCAAAUCUACUUGCGAGCCGUUGUAAAGAGAAUCAUCGGCGUGAUCCAAUCGAAUUUUCAAUUUGUUUUGCUUUAUUAGCCAUGGAAGACGACCCAAUUAUUCUGCCUAUUGCACUGAAAAUUCGCCUCCAACAAAAACUCAAAGCCAGUUAUCAACAUUAUUAUCGGCAACUGUCAAGUUUUUUUACUAGAGGGGGUUGCAAACUAUUGACAGAGAAAUAUGUUCCUUUACAAUUUGAAAAAGACCAUAUACCAAUUGAUCUUGAAAGUCUCUUCGUCAAAAAUCGUGUUCUGGUACUUGGUGAAGCUGGUUCUGGGAAGACGACAGUUUGUCAGUAUAUAACGUAUUCAUGGGCUCGUACCAAAAUAGGGAAAAGUAAAUUCGAAUGGUUAUUCUAUAUUAAAAUGCGAAAUUUAAAUUCAAAAAGAUAUCCAUUACAAUCCAAUAACUAUUCAUUGAUCGAUAUUAUUGAAAAAGAAUGUUUUCAAGGCUAA